AUGCAGAUGGCGGCCAGUAGCCUAAAAAGAAAGAAAUUGAUAUAUCACAUUUUAGCAUAUGAUAUUGAGAAAGUAAAGUGUCUAAUGGAAACUUCUCUAAAUAAUUUACUUCUUGAUCUUAGAAAUAUGAGUCACAAUGGUGCUCCUAUAUUAUAUUUUGUUCUACAACAAAGAGAUGCAGAAAUGGUAAAAUUGUUCAUUGAGAAAGGCUGCCAUAUUUAUACUGUUAUGAGAGAUAAUGAAGGAUUUGAUAUGCCUGUAUUUUUUGCUGCCUUAAAAUCAGACACUUCAGUUGAUAUAAUUGAAGCUUUGCUUCCACAACACAAACCUCUCCAAGAAGAAUUAUUAUCAAGAUUAUUAUAUAAAGGAAAAACAGUUUUAGAAGUAGCUUUAGAAGAAAAUGUUUCAUUAGACGUUUUUAGUUUAUUGAUUGACAGAGGUGGAGCAAUUCUAAUUUCAAAAAGAAAUAUGUUUAAUGAAACUGUAAGAGAUUUAGCACUGAAGUCCAAUAAAACAAACUAUGUAAAUAAUAUUGAUAAAAAUGUUGCAUUAUGGAUUUUAGAGCCCAAAACUUAUCCAAAUCAAAGACAGAUUUUAGCAUUACAUGGUUAUCAGCCAUUGUUAGAAAUAAAAUGCCAAUUUGGUAAUAGUAUAACAGAAUAUCUUUCAAAUGAUGAAUUUGUAAUACAACUGCCAUCUUAUCAGAAACAAAUUCAGUUAUUAUCAGAAGCUGUGGAGAAAGGUAAUUCUGUUGACUUUAAUAAUUUGUGUGUUCUUCCAAAUAAUGAUGUCUUCAACUGUUGUUUAUCAUGGGAUGGGAGAUCAGUAGGUGAUUAUUUACCAAUGUUGCAUAAAGCAGUUCUCUUCAAUCAUCCACACUUGGUAAAAGCAAUUUUAAUGCUUAAACCACCACAACAAUCAAUCGAUACAUUAUUUGAUCAGUAUAAUCGAACUGCUUUGCAUUAUGCAUAUGCCAUUCCCAAUGCAGAAGAAAUUAGGAAACUUUUAUUGAAUUGUGGCUGUUCAGAGCAUGUUUUAGAUAAAAAUGGUAAAGAGCCUCUUGAUUUUAAAGACAAAGCAGGUACACAGACAAUGGAGAAGCUUCUGCAACGACUGAGAAAUAAGGAAUAUAUUACAAAUGAACCAGAUCCAUGGCAGUUUAGUGAUGAAAAAUGCACAGCAGAAUACAAGCACCCGGAUUAUGGAAAUAAUGGUUGUAAUUUUACUUCUCCAGAUUGUCAUAUUUGUGAUACACAUAGUGAAGAUCAGUUUGAACUAGAAAAUCAUUCAAAAUAUUGCAUUAUUUUAUAAAUUUAUUAUUUAUUAUAUUUAUAUUUUCAAAUAUUUUUUUUAAGUAAAAUAUUAUUUUUAAAUGAAUUAUUUUUUAUAUAAGAUUUGUUAAAGUUUAUAUAUAUAAAGGCACAAAAGAUACAUAGCAAACCAUGAUAUAUAGUAAAUAAUUUUACCAUAAGAGAAUUAUAGAAAAUUAUGCAAUUUAGCAAUAUAGAGAUUAAAAUAUUAAAAACUAUUUAUUUAUAAUCACAUAAAACAUCUUAUUUUUGCCAAGGAAAAUGGUUUUUGAUCGCAAUUGUUCUAUAAACCAUUCUCAAGCAUUGAAUUAUAUUCUAUCAUUAGAAUAUAAAGUUCUAACAGAAUUUCAAACCCAACAAAUUCAAAAUAUAAAUAAAAGAGCAAACAACAGAAAUGCCACACAAAAUCAAAAAAAUAAUAAUAAUAAAUGAUGAAACAUAAAUA